AUGUCGUUGUCCUCGGCGUGUCUGCCCAGCCAGUGUCACGGGCAGGUCAGCGCCGAGGUCAGUGGAAGCGGUUUGAAAGCGAUGUCUGCGCCUGUGGUCGUCGUCAGCAACGAUGAUUGUGUUGAAAAGGAGCAGAUUGGAAUCAUUUCCAAGCUCCUGACAUGUGAUUACGCCUUCUGCCUUUCUUCUCAGAGAGCUGUCUCGCCACCACAGCUUUCUUCACCAAAAUUUCAACAGCUGUCGAGCUGUCAACAGCGUGGCCGCCAUCUCGUGCCAAUGAUGCAAUCAAUCAAUGUUUGGGCGGCGCAAACCAGCAUCCCGAAGGCGUGCAAGGCGUGCUCGGCUGCAAUGUCGAGAGCAGAGAGUUGCCGCGGUCGACGGCUGUGGCUGCUGCACCCCUCUUUCUACUGCAGGUCCACUUCCCCAACGUGCUCCAGACGGGAGCUCCAUAUCCCGUCUCUGCAGCGGAUGCUUCCCUCGUCUUCUCUCGUUCCGCAACAGUCCACUGCUGAUAACACUUCACCUCUUCCAUACCGCGCCGACAGCUGCGCGGAAAAGAGCUCUUCUACGUCGUCUUGA